CAAUAGACAGUAUAAAUUACGGCAAAAAAUAUCUACCCGUAAAUUGGAGAUAUUUAGGAUUGAUAAUUAUCCGUUUAGCACCUGGUUUGUUUGGUUUUUUAAUCUCCCCCGGCCACCGGAAGCGGUGCGGAUAAAGCCGAGGUUGCAAAGUGCGUCACACGGUUGAGCUGCGGAGAAGCACAAAGCAAGAGCUGCAGACGACCGUCGAUAAAAAUACAUAUACAUUUCCACCUUUUGUGUGUGUCCGUGACUUAAAGACCCGAGCGGGACGUUUCCGGGUCCAGCAUGGUGAAGAUAGCUUUCAACUCGGCUCUGGCGCAGAAGGCGCUGGGCAAAGAGGUGCCAGCCGCGGUGAAGGACCCGGAGCUGGCCUCUGACUCGGCGCCCACAGACGGCUUCGGUCGCCUUAUUCUCUACCUGCUCGGCAUCUCCUUCAUCCUGACGGGGCUCAUCGUGGGGGGAGCAUGUCUCUACCGGUAUUUCACCCCAAAGAGGCUGUAUCACGGCGCCAUGCAGUUCACUGACGUGUCCACCGGGUCAGAGAGCCAGCCCUACUACCUGCCGCGGGUGGAGGAGGAGGUGGAGAUCUCAGACAGCAUGGCCGUGGUCAGCGUGCCCCCUCCUCGCUUUCGGCCCGGAGAUCCCGCCUACAUCCUCCACGACUUCAACCGGAAACUGACGGUGUACCUGGACCUGACUCUGAGGACCUGCUUUGUGAUUCCUCUCAACACUUCGGUGGUCCUCCCCCCUCAGGACCUCAUUGACCUCUUCUCACAGCUGAUGAGUGACUCAUACCGCAGCUACCUGGUGCGCGAGGACCUUGUGGUCACCGAGCGCAUCGAGGACGUCAAGCCGCUGGGUUUCUACAUCCACCGGCUGUGUGACGGAAAGGAAACUUACAGAAUGCAGCGCCGGUCCAACCUGCCAGGCGGAAACAUCCAGAAGCGCUCCGCCGACGACUGCUUCACCAUCCGCCACUUUGAGAACAAGUUUGUGACGGAGACCCGCAUCUGCAAGGCCUGAUGAGGAAACGGCGAGCGAGCGAGAGAGAGAGGGAGAGAGAGGGAGAGAGGACGGGCGAGACGGGGUGAUGGAGGGAGUGGAUGAGCGACAGGAAGCACAGAAAGCAGAAAGCUACUUUUGUACAAAAUCGUUUCGCCUCCCUUUGCCUCCCAGCUUGUGUCGAGUGAGUUUAGGUUCCAGAGCCGCCGCCGCUGUACGUACGCCUCACCUGCAUCAAGUCCGCACCACCUGCUGUUUGUUGUUACCUUAGACGCACUAAGUUUCAUUUGCUCCGUUAGAAUCUAUUUCGUUCGCCGUGGCUUCCU